AUGUCGUGGAAACUCACCAAGAAACUCAAGGAGACGCACCUUGGUCCUCUUGCCAGUACAUUUUCUCGCUCCCCAUCUACAUCUACAAUCACAGGAGACUCUGCCAAGGAAGAGAAGGCCAGUAUAGGCAGUUCGACUCCCAAUGACAAUGGAAUUGCUGCUUCUGAAAUCAUAGCUACCCAACCCCCCGCUCAACCUCGACCUGGUAUCUUGAUCGUUACGUUGCACGAAGGAUCAAACUUCUCUCUCCCCGACCAAUACAAGACCGUCUUCAACACACAUACCUCCAACUCUCUCUCACAAGGAAACGGCUUUGGAGUGGCUGGAUCGGUUCGACCAGGAUCUUCACAACAAGCAGGUAGUGUUGCAGGAUCAUUUGCCAGUAACGCCAGACCUCAGACUUCAGGAGGUGGAUUCAGCAAUGUGCCCACCAACCAUGGUCGAAUCUCAUCCAAAUACCUUCCUUACGCCCUCCUCGAUUUCGAUAAGCUACAAGUCUUUGUCAAUGCAGUGUCAGGGACCCCUGAGAACCCUCUAUGGGCUGGAGACAACACACAGUACAAGUUCGAUGUCUCACGAGUGACAGAGUUAGCCGUCCACCUUUAUCUCCGAAAUCCAAAUGCUCCUCAAGGUGCUGGCCGAACCACAGAUAUCUUCCUUGGCGUAGCGCGAAUCAACCCGAGAUUUGAGGAAACCCACACCUAUGUCGAGGACCCCAAGUUGAGUAAGAAAGAUAAGGAGAAGGCAGCGGCGGAGUGGGCAAGCAAAGAGAAGGCAUUGGGACAAUCAGGACCAGAAUGGCUGGAUGUUCAAUACGGUACUGGAAAGAUCCGAAUUGGCGUACAAUAUAUCGAGAAUAGAUCACGAUCAUUGAAGAUUGAGGAUUUCGAUUUACUGAAAGUUGUUGGAAAGGGCAGUUUUGGAAAGGUCAUGCAGGUCAAGAAGAAAGAUACCCAGCGUAUUUACGCUUUGAAGACGAUCCGAAAAGCCCACAUCAUCUCUCGAUCCGAAGUUGCACACACCUUGGCCGAACGAUCAGUUCUAUCUCAAAUCAACAACCCUUUCAUCGUCCCUCUCAAAUUUACCUUUCAAUCCCCAGAGAAGCUAUACUUCGUCCUAGCUUUCGUCAAUGGUGGAGAGCUAUUCCACCAUCUCCAAAAGGAGCAGAGAUUCGACAUCAACCGGUCAAGAUUUUACACGGCAGAACUUCUAUGUGCUUUGGAGUGUUUGCACGGUUUCAAUGUCAUUUACCGUGAUUUGAAGCCUGAGAACAUUCUUCUGGAUUAUUCUGGACAUAUUGCCCUUUGCGAUUUUGGUCUUUGCAAGCUGGACAUGAAGGAUGAGGAUCGAACAAACACCUUCUGCGGUACACCCGAAUAUCUUGCUCCUGAACUUCUCUUGGGUCAAGGUUACACCAAGACUGUUGAUUGGUGGACUCUCGGUGUUCUUCUCUAUGAGAUGUUGACAGGUUUACCACCAUUUUACGACGAGAACACCAACGAGAUGUACCGCAAGAUCUUGUCCGAACCACUCCAUUUCCCCAGCGCAGAAGUUGUUCCGCCGUCCGCCAAGGAUCUCCUCACCAGACUCCUCAACCGCAAGCCAGAUCAACGAUUAGGUGCCAAUGGUGCAUCUGAGAUCAAGGCACAUCCUUUCUUCCACAGUAUCGACUGGCGAAAGCUCCUUCAGCGAAAGUAUGAGCCUACUUUCAAGCCCAAUGUGACCGAUGCCCUUGAUACGAAGAACUUUGACGUCGAGUUUACACAGGAAAUCGCACAAGAUUCUUACGUUGACGGUCCAGUUCUGUCUGACGAUGCUCAGAGGGACUUCGUUGGGUUCAGCUACAACAGACCUGUAGCUGGCCUCGGAGACGGAGGUGGCAGUAUCAGAGACCCAUCAUUCGUAGGAAGUGUGACAGAGAGGUAG